CACAAGCGACAAUCGUCAUCAGUCUAUCGCUCUUCUCUCGCUGCUCAAAAAACCGAAGUCAAGAUCCAUGUCUACGACUUAUUACCACCCGGUCGUCUCUCCAACAUACUCUGGACCAUCGGCGGUUCCCUCCUGCAUACCGGCGUAGUGAUCAACGAACGAGAAUACGCCUACGGCGGUCACGACCGCAAAGGCGUUAGCGGAGUCUACUGGACGAAACCGAAACUCGAGCCUCCUGGCGGCACCUUUCGCUGCGAAAUUAUCCAUGGCUUCACCGUGCUAUCCCAAGAAGAAAUUACGCAUGUAAUCAAUGACGCUUCCAGAGUGUUUCAAGGCACGCGGUACAAUCUCCUCAGCAACAAUUGCAAUCACUUUUCUUCGUAUCUCUGCGAGAGAUUGACUGGUAGACCGGGGCCAACGUGGUUGAACCGAGCUGCUAGUGUUGGUCUUGCAUUGCCGUGUGUGGUGCCCAAAGAAUGGAUCACCCCACCCGACCACGAGACUGCCGAUGGAGAAUUGGUUGAUGAGGAAGAGGAGGACCAUGGUGACGACGAAACAGCAGCCAUGCUGCCUCGUGACAAGAGGAGGAAACGUGACAAGGUUAGCAACCAGCGCAUUACUUCCAGAGACAAGACACCUCCGCCACGACUCGUGAAUGUCAAGGACACGAGUGGAAGGGAGAUGCCUGCUAGCGAAAGAGCACCGAUGCCUAAG